CCGAGAGUUACUUCCUGUCGAAAAGGGGAGUUCCUGGAAUAAUAAUGUUGGUGAGAGGUUGAACUGGUAUAUUGUUUUGAAUUAUUAAGCAGCCAAAAUGAGCGAAGGCUUAGCAAGAAUCUUAUCGAAGCAGGACUUCAACCCUGAAAAUUUUGUGGCCAAGCUCACAUUCCAUGGCGAUCAGAAUGAAUUACUUGACAUGAAACAGAAGGUGCAGAUUCUCAAUGAUGAGACUGCACAAGCUCUCAAGAAGAAUGUCUACAAGAACUACACACAGUUCAUUGAGACAGCCAGGGAAAUAUCAAUUCUGGAGGGAGAGAUGUACCAGCUGAGUCACAUGCUGACGGAACAGAAGGGGUUGAUGUCAUCCAUGAUGGAGAUGUCACUUGUUAGUGAUAAAGCGGUUGUCGAGGGUCCAAAGGAAGAAGAAGAGCAGGAGAGUCCGGAGGAAGAAACACGAAAAAACCUGGCCUUUUUGUUAGAGAAAGUUGAUGGCUGUUCUAGUGUAACAGAGGUACCAGGCAGGCAGCUGAUCCAUGACGGAGAUCUGAUGGAGCUGGACACGGAAACAUUUACCUCGAUACAGCGUGUUCACGCCUUCCUGCUCAAUGACAGUCUCAUGAUCGCCACCUGGAUACCGAACAGACGUGGCAAUGUGAGGUAUCGUUUUCAAGGGCUGUAUGAACUAGACAGUUUGGCAAUAGUCAAUGUCAAGGACGUUGGUCCUGUGAAGAACGCCUUCAAGAUGCUCAUGUUCCCGGAGACUAGGAUCUACCAGGCAGAUAGCACAAAGGCUAAGAGGCAGUGGCUGGACAUCUUGGAGGAUACCAAAAAGAAAAAGGUGGCCAAGGACAAACAAAGGAAAGAAGCUGCGCUGCGAUUGGUUGAACAGCAGGCAGUGGCGGCCGAGGUGGCGACAUCUCCUGCAGCAGAAACAUCUACCUCAUUCACACUAGAGGAGGAGGAUAUAGAUUAUCUCAGUGCUGAUUGGCUGCUCGAGCUCCCUGAAGACCUUGACAUGUGCAUUGCGCAACGUGACUUUGAAGGAGCUGUGGAUCUGGUUGAGAGAGCUAAUGCCCAUCUGAAGGACUGCCCCCGAACACCAUCUGUGAAGGAGUUCCGUGCCCGUAUUGACCACCGUGUGAAGCAGCUUACUGAAGGGUUGAUGAGCGAGUUGCAGGUGUCCCCCGAACGCUCCCUCCGAGGGGGGCCACGAGCUGCCAGGCGAGCUGUAACUCAGCUCAUUCGACUCGGCAAGUCAGCACAGGCUUGUGAGCUGUUCCUGAAGAACAGAUCGGCCAUCAUCAAGUACAACAUCCGGCAGCUGAAGUUCGAGGGAGCAACGGCGCUGUACAUACGCUGUCUGUGUGGGGUCUUCUUUACCAGCCUGUCGGAAACGGCCAGGGAGUUUAUGAAGGCGUUCCCAAACCACUAUGGCUGCUUCUCAGCCUUUGUGGUCUGGUCCAAGCAGGAACUGGAAGCAUUUGUGGCAACCUUCUGCCGACAGGUGUUUGAGAGCAAGUCCAGUCUGACCACCAUCACAGAGUGUGUCCAGAUGUCCAAGAAUCAUUGUGAGGAGUUGAGUGCUAUUGGCCUUGACCUUGGCUUCUCACUGGCAGCGAUGCUUGAUACCCCUCUACGCCGUGUGAUUGAGGAGUCGAGAGACCAGCUGGUGGAGGGAGUCAAGUACAGAGCAGGGGAUGACAAAUGGCGGCCAAUGAAUCACUUGAACAAAAUUGACUGUGACAAGUUUGUGAACGACAUGUCUGAGAUAGGACUUGGCGUGAUCAAGUCACUGGUGUAUGAUGAAUGUUUCAUCGGCCUGACUAUGAACACCACCAACUUUGCCAAGAGUGUGUUGCUGUUCUCGGAGGACUUGUUGAAACUGUAUGCCGUGGACCUGGAGGAAUUCAUCGCCGAUGCCAUCACAACGGUCUUCAGCAGCCAGAUUGCCCACUUCGAGCGGUCCCUGAAGUCACCGAACUACAAACAGGAUCACAAGUUCAUCCUGAAGAAUGGACAGUUUGUGUUGGAGAGUUUGAUGAGUCUGAUUGAGGUGCAAUACAAGCAGCACGGCAUCCCAUUCCCCGCCCAGCUUCAGGAGGUGAACAACCACUACAGGAAACUCAAGACACUCGCCAACACAUGAUCUGCUGCUACUGCUACAACAUGGCUGAAAGGUGCCACAAUGAUGUGUUAUGUAUAUGCACAUUGCUCUCAGAUCUGAAGGCAAUGGUUCAAGAGAAGCUAUCAUUAAUCAUAUACUGCACGAGAGACACUCAUGGAAUACGUCAUGAUGUUUUGGUGUCAUCCUAACAUGUACUUGCACAAGGGGCAGAGGUAGCCCCGUAGUCUCUGUAGCCACAAUCAGCGGGUGACUAAAUCAUUUAGAGACCAGCGAUUAUGGGGUUGAUUCCCUGAUGACGUUCCAAGGUCUGUCUGCUCACAAUGAUGUCAGACCUAGCUGCAUCAUGUCAAGGCUUUUCUUCCUCAACAAGAUGAUAUGCUAUAGUAUCUUAAAAUAUGGUUCCAAGCAUAUAGUUCUGCGGGACUGUUUGAAAAGAGAGCCAUUGUACAAAACAGCCUCAGCACGACGACUGUCGCAAGUCUGUGUUAAGAUAUGAGAGUUUUGAUGACCUUAAUGCUAAGUUAGUUUGUACAAUGGCACCUUGGUUUACACACAGCACUUUGAUGGCUGCUGUCUUCUCACAGAUGAUGAAAGUGUGUCUCCUCUCGGCCAGCCAGUUUCUGUACAGACAUUUUCCACAAAUAUGCUUCAGAACCUUGAAAUACUAGUUUCAGGUACUAUUUGUCUAAACAUAACAGUUGCAUGGACCUUGUAGCUUGGUCUGUUCUAGCCCUCUGAGUUCACCUGAAGCAAACAGCAUUUAAAAAAAGGUGGGUGUGUAUUUUACAUGAGGCUUGGUUGGCAAGAUACUACUAGUUGUACAACUCAUUAUGGAAGUGUGAUGACAGACAAACUACAGGAUUUGUGGCUAUUAUGUUACAGAGGUGUUGUAUUCUUAACAAUUAUACAGUGCUUUUUCAUUCAUAAAAAGAAAGAUUUUCCUUUCUUUCACGUCCCCCUUUCCAACCUUAAAAAUAUCUGUGUCACUGUAGACUAGAUUUAAAGAUUAAGUUAUAUGUAUUUAUCCAAUUAGUAUGAACUUUAAAAUGUUGGUGCUUAUUUAAUGUCAAGUUGCUGAGGUUAUUUAUGUGGCAUUUCCUUUUAAUUUGUGUGUAUGGUGCUGGCAAGCUAUAGAAAUAAAACAUGUUGUACAUGUUAUAAUGACUGUGAUAAGUAUCAAAGUGUGCAACUUCUGUUUAACCCUGUCCCAAGAGAGAGAUGUGCAAUUUAUUCAGUAUAAAGGGUGUAGAAAAAUGAGUACCAAAAUGUUUACUGAACAUGGAAGUUUAUCAGUUAAAACCUACUCUCAGUCAAUUCAAUCUACCAGUAUUCUUGAUCUCUUAUUAAUCAUAUAAGGAAAUAUAUACUGAUAUAUGCUGGUAUGUUUUACUGAUGUAGAAGCACAUUUUUUUCAUUUAAAAAUGUUCAAUAUCACCUUCUCACCGUAUGCUUUAGUAUUACAGCAUAAAUGAUGUAUAUCAAAGUACACUUGCAAUCAUCUUUAUGUUGGGGUUGUCAUGGUUACCAAGGUUCCAGGGCAUUAUGUCCAAUGUCAACCCAGGCAUCAUGAACAAACUGGCCUGUUAUUGUUUAUACUGAAUAAGUGUUGGUGUAUAUUAUGGCAAUGACAGUGUUGUGUAUGACAAUUAAAUAUAUGUGAUAUCUA